AUGGAUAAAGAAGUAUCAAUUGAGUGCUUAAAUAAAGAAGAAGUAAAAGCCAUGGAAUUCAAAAGUGAAGCUACUAUUGCAGGUUCAAAUAAAACAAAAGCAACAAAUGCUGAAGAGCUUGUCCUCAAAAUUGAGCAUUUUAGCAAUGCAAUCAGAGACGAACCAAACUGUGCCUACAAUUAUACACAGAAAGGUCUUGCUCUGGAUGCAUUAGGCCGUAAAGAAGAUGCCAUAGAAAGCUUCACCGAAGCCAUCCGAAUUGAUCCAUUCAUUCAUUAUGCUAUUAUAGAGAAGCUCUUGCCAGCCACUAAUAGCUUUCCAGGUCCCUUACUCACAAGUCUGGUUCUACAACCUAAGACUAGUGUACUCCCUUCAGACAAGUGUUUGCACUUGCUACCCGAAGGUAGAGAUACAGAGUCAUCAUGCAGUACGCCGAUGGGGUUACCUUUACCGAAAAUUCAAAAAGCGAGUUUUCUGGUCAUACUAUCGUCCGAGAUGAAACUUGCAGCUCAGGUUCAACUUACUUAUCGCGCUAGGAAUAUUCCUGAUUGGCUAAGCGAACGGGAUUUUCCGGUAAAAAUCAAAGAAAGGUUUUUCAUAUAUACUUUUUGAAGAACCAUUAAUUUUUUUGUGGAAAAAGAAAACAUGAAAAAACCCCUCCGACAUUUUUGAUGGUAAAAAUGCUGCUGCAUGAAUAAACCUACCUUUUCUUCCCCUGAUGACCCCAUCCUCUCAAUCAGCUAGCCUAAUAUUGCUCUCCACUAGACAAAGUUUCUUCGUCCGGUUUGACUCACCGAACACUGCUCUCCUUCCUGCAAGGUCCCCAGACUCUCGUCCAGCUACAAAUGUAAAGAGGGCAGGUUGGCUUUCCCUCCAUUUUAUUAGUGUCCUAAUGGAUCCAAAUGAAGAAAAAGCACAUGCUGCCUUAAGCAGUAUUCAUAUCAGCGAAGCAAGAUAUGAAGAAGCCAUUGAGCAUCUUAACGAUGCGAUCAGGAUUAAUCCAAACUGUGCUUACUAUUAUACACAGAAAGGAUUAGCUCUUGAUAAAUUGGGCAGAUCUGAAGAAGGCAUCGAAUGCUAUACCGAAGCUAUUAGAAUCGAUCCUGAUCAAGAUCGAGCAUACUUCAACAUAGCAAUUUUUCUUCAUGAAAAACAAAGAUUCGAAGAAGCCCUAAAGAACUUCAAUGAAGCACUAAGAGUUAACCCUUUCGAUGCCAACUACUAUUUGAAGAGGGGAUUAACUCUUGAUAACUUAGGUCGUAAACAAGAAGCCAUGGACAAUUAUAAAGAAGCAAUUAAAAUCGAUCCAAAUCUUGAUUUCGCGUACUUUUUAAUAGGUGAUCUCUAUUAUUAUGUAUGAAAAGACUAUGAUGAGGCUUUAAAAUGGUUUAACGACGCAAUCCGAAUUAACCCAAACAACACAGCCUGCUUUGCACAAAAAGGAGAAAUGUUUUAUCACUUAGGCAGGAAAGCAGAAGCUAUGGAGUUAUACCUUCAAGCUAUCAAAAUAAACCCGAAAGAAGAUCGAGCAUACUUUGGGAUAGGGACUUUCUUUUUAAAUUCAAAUAAUUGCACAGAAGCCUUAAAGUACUUCAACCUUGCAAUCAACAUCAAUACACGUAAUCCAUUUUACUAUUGAAAUGCGGGGAUUGCUUUUAAUAUAGCAGGUUGCAAAGAUCAAGCGAUCAAGUGCUUUUACGAAACUAUAAGGCUUAAUCCAAAUUAUGAUAGAGCUUACUUUCUGAUAGGAAAUAUCCUUAAUAGCCAAGGGAGAUAUGAAGAAGGCAUCAAAUCUUAUGAUACUGCAAUUGGUAUCAACCAAAAUGAAAUAGAUUAUUACAUGGCCAAAGCACAAGUCUUGGACAGUUUGGGUAGAGAAGAAGAAGCCAUGGAAUGCUAUAAAGAAGUGAUUAGAAUUGAUCCAAAUGAAGAUUCAGCUUACAGUUGCAUAGGAACUAUCCUUAGCGGUAAAGGGAGAUUUCAAGAAGCCAUAAGCUAUUAUGACAAUGCAAUUAAAGCUAACCCAUUAAAUGCAAGCUAUUAUAAAAACAAAGGAAUUAAUUAUUAUAACUUGCAAGUUCCAGGUGAAGCCGUGAAGAAUCUAGCUAAAGCUAUUUCAAUGAACCCAACUGACGAUGAAGCGUAUAAUGCCUUUGGUCUUGUUCUUAGCAGUAUAAAUAGAUAUGAAGAAUCUUUGAGAGCUUUUAACGAUGCAAUAAAUUACAAUCCUAAUAAUGGGAUGUAUUAUUUUGAUAAAGGCUUUUCGCUUGAUAAACUGGGGAGAAAAGAAGAAGCAGUAGAAUGCUUCACCGAAGCUAUUAGACUUAACCCGAAUGAUGAAAAAGCAUAUAAUUGUAUGGGAAGUAUACUUAACGGUGAAAAGAGGUAUGAAGAAGCAUUAGUAUUCUUAACUAACGCAAUUAGAGUCAACCCGAACUGCGCCCACUACUAUACAAAUAAAGGGCAUACUCUUUUUAGCUUAGGCAGAGACAAUGAAGCCUUCGAGUGCUAUGAUGAAGCCUUUAAAAUUGAUCCCAAUCAAGCUGAAAUAUACAAUGGAAGGGGACUUAUCCUCUAUAACCAAAAACAGUAUGAAGAAGCCAUAAAGAACUAUGAUGAAGCAAUCAAAAUAAAGUCGAGCUGCUACUAUUUCUAUAUAAACAAAGGAAAUGCUCUUUUUGCUUUGGGUAGAAAUGAAGAAGCUAUUGAGAGCUACAAUGAAGCCAUUGAUAUUGAUCCAGACCAAGAGGACGCAUACUAUGAUAUUGGAGAAGUCUUCAAUAAAGAAAAAAGACAUAAAGAAGCGAUUGAGCUUUAUGAUGAGGCAAUCAAUAUUGCUCCUCAAAAUGCUAUUUAUUACAGGAAAAAAGGAAAUUCUCUCAAGGAGUUAGGUAGGGAUGAAGAAGCUCAGAAGUGCUUUGAUAAAGCAGAAAAAAUCGAAAGCAGCGAAUAA